CAUUGAAAAGGCUGAAAGUACAAAAAUUUUACUCAAUAAAGAACAUCGACCACUUCUUAAACAAUAUAAGUUUCAUCUUGACAAAAACCAAAAAACUUGCACUCCUUUAUUACAAUUAUUAUAUCCUAACAAACAAAUCCAGUUUAAAAACAAUUAUCCUUUUGAUUAUC